AUGUCUUUCACCGGCACGCAGGACAAGUGCACGGCCUGCGAGAAGACCGUCCAUUUCAUCGACCUCCUCACGGCCGACGGCGUCCCCUACCACAAGACAUGCUUCAAGUGCAGCCACUGCAAAGGGAUCCUCUCGAUGUGCAGCUACUCUUCCAUGGACGGCGUGCUGUACUGCAAGACCCACUUCGAGCAGCUCUUCAAGGAGACGGGGAGUUUCUCCAAGAAGUUCGCGCCAGGUAAAAUAACGCCACAACCACAACGUGAUCUUUCAGCAGCCCCAAGCAAGCUAUCAUCUGCAUUUUCUGGUACCCAAGACAAGUGCGCAGCAUGCCAGAAAACAGUGUACCCGCUGGAGAAGUUAACCUUGGAAGGCGAGUCCUACCACAAGAGCUGCUUCAAGUGCUCUCACGGGGGCUGCAUCUUGACCGGUGCCUCCUACGCCGCGCUCAACGGCGUCUUGUACUGCAAGAUCCACUUCGCGCAGCUGUUCAUGGAGAAGGGGAGCUACAGCCACAUGAAGAAGAAGAGCGCGUCGCAGGAGGUAAUCCCGGACGUGGCUGCCGAUGAGGAGCAACCGCCGGAGCAGGCGCCACCGCAAGAAGAGAAGGAAGAGGACAACUAGGAAGCGAAUGAUGGUCCACACACAUACUGUAUCACGCAGGCAGGAGUUUGCGUUUGCAAUUCUUUCUCUACGACGCUUCUUUAUUCCCUUACCCUCUCUGUGAACUCGGUUUGUCAAGCUGUGUAAGUGUAACAGAUGCCUUCGUUGUUACGUGUGAGGCUCAUGACAAUGGCAAUUUUGGCAUGGAGCUGUGUUAGCCUCACGGAAAAAUUGUAACUUUGUAAGCAGAACUACUACUUUGAAUAUAUGGUCCUAACAACAUU